CUGCACACUGAGGAGCUCACAGGUCGCAGAGAGCAGCUGUCACCGCAGCACAUCAUGUCCGGUCCCGUUUAUCUGCUCACUGGAGGUUGCGGCUUCCUCGGCCGGCAUCUCCUGAGGCUUUUACUGGAGAAGGAGGACCACCUGGCGGAGGUCCGGGUGUUCGACAAACACGUCGACUUAAGUUUGACUGGACUCGGCACAGAGCGGACGAAGGUGGUGGUCAUCCAGGGGGACAUCACAGACUACAGCAGCGUGCUGGAGGCCUCCCGGGGGGCCGAUAUCGUCGUCCACGCUGCCAGCUUGGUGGACGUUUGGCACAAAGUCCCAGAGACCCUCAUCGUCGCUGUCAAUGUCACAGAUAACUUUUCUCUCUGCUCAGGGACGGAGAACGUGAUCAACGCCUGUGUGGAGUGUGGCAUCCAGUGCCUGGUCUACACCAGCAGCAUGGAAGUGAUCGGCCCCAACGUCGACGGAGACGCCUUCGUCAGGGGCAAUGAAGACACGCCGUACAGAGUGAAACACACAAUGGCCUAUCCUCUGAGCAAAGCAAAGGCAGAGAAACUCGUGCUUGAAGCUAAUGGCAAGAAGGUGAAGGGUGGAAAGUGUUUAUCCACAUGUUCUCUGCGGCCGACGGGGAUCUAUGGCGAGGGACACCAGCUAAUUAAGGAUUUCUACAAUCAGGCUGUCGAAAGGGGAGGCACGGUCGUCGGGGGUGUCCCAGAGGACUCUGAACAUGGACGGGUCUAUGCAGGCAACGUGGCCUGGAUGCAUGUACUUGCAGCCCGAGCCCUGAGAGAUCGCCCGCAGACAGUCGGAGGGGAAGCCUUCUUCUGCUACGAUGACUCACCCUACAAGAGCUACGAGAAUUUCAACAUGCAGUUCCUCUCCACGUUUAACUUCAGACGGGUGCGCAUACCCUCAACGGUGCUCUGGUUCAUGGCUAUGCUUAAUGAUUUGUUACGCUGGAUCCUGAGCCCCGUCUACAACUACACGCCGUUGCUGAACCGUUACACUUUGGCCGUGGCUUGCACCUCCUUCACUGUCAGCUCAGAUAAAGCCCAGCGCCACUUCCAGUACCGCCCUCUGUACGACUGGGAUCAGUGUCGCACCCGCACACAGAAAUGGGUUGACACACUUCCUGUGGAUAACAACAAAGACUCCUAAUGUGACCUCAAGUACAGCACGCUUUAGAAGCUGCUACGUAGACUCCAGAAGGACUCCAGAAGUACAUUGUCAAGAAGUAACCUCUAAUAAAACCAAAGGAAAGCAAAUUUACAGUAUAAAUAAUAUUUAGUUUCAUUGUUGUAUUUGUGUUAGUCUAGCAGCUUAGUUGUAAAGAAAACAUAAUUAAAGCAUUUGUUCAGAUGAAGCACAAACAUUAAUAUCCUUGUUAAAGAACGUAUGAUUCAUUGUUAAAGUCCAUUGGAUUCAGUUUUCCAGCUACAAACACCAAACAGGGACUGCUUUCCGUUACGAAUGUGCUUUAUUCAGAUAUUAAACAUUUUCACAUCAGAGAUUGUUUAACAACAUUUGUAUUUAUGACAAAUGUAAACACAGUUUACAAGCAUUAACCGGACGUUAGACCUGUAUUUCUGUGAUGUAUUAUUAUUGAUAAGCUAUGUUUUAUGUUAUAUCUAAUUUAAAGAAUGUUUUAUAAUGACAUUGUUGAUGAAAUGUAUCAUGUUUAGUUUUUCAUUUAGUUCAAUUUUAAAUAAAGAUGAUUUAAUAUAUUCCA